AACGGAAGGACGUUGAUCUCACGCUAUCAUCCAAUACCAAUUCUGUGUGAAGUUUCUAGAAUCUCUCUCUUUGAUUCUGCCUUGGCCUUCUUCAACCCCCUUUCUUUCUCUUUCUCUGCGUCUUUCGCACCUUCUUUCUCUCUAAAUCCCUUCGCUCUUCGCUCUUCACCUUCGCCUUUGACUCAGGUAUGGCGUCCAAACGCAUCUUGAAGGAGCUCAAGGAUUUGCAGAAGGAUCCUCCUACAUCAUGCAGUGCAGGUCCUGUGGCUGAGGACAUGUUUCACUGGCAAGCUACAAUCAUGGGACCUGCUGAUAGCCCAUAUGCAGGUGGUGUUUUCCUAGUUUCAAUUCAUUUUCCUCCUGACUAUCCCUUCAAGCCACCAAAGGUUGCUUUUAGGACUAAGGUGUUCCACCCAAACAUCAACAGCAAUGGCAGUAUAUGUCUUGACAUUCUCAAGGAACAGUGGAGCCCAGCCCUAACCAUUUCCAAGGUCCUUUUGUCAAUUUGCUCAUUGUUGACGGAUCCCAACCCUGAUGAUCCACUCGUGCCUGAAAUUGCACACAUGUACAAGACUGACAGGGCCAAGUAUGAGGCUACAGCCCGCAGCUGGACACAGAAGUAUGCCAUGGGAUGAUCAAUGAAAUGAAGCAGCAAUAUCAUAAUUUAUGUAAAAGAACAAAAGAUAUUUUGAAUGAAUUUGAAUGCUUUCUUUUAUUAUUAGCCGAACCGAACUCGACAUUGGUAAGAAACCUGGUUGCAAUUUGUGAAUAUUUUCUUUUGCCAAGACACUGGUGAUGGAAAAAUAUUGUAAUGUUAUGCAAACUUUUCGGCUUGUUGAUCAUCAUGUUCUAAACAAGUGGCGAAGCUAUAAUCAUUACAAAUCAA